UUUCGCGGAGCAGUCUCUGGUGGCGGAAACAAGAAUGGGUUUGAGAUGGUGGGGCAAAUUCACUAAGCCCGGAACCUGGAAUUGGUUUUUCAUUUCGCAGGCCGGGGGGAGGAUGGGGACUCGCCUCGAAAAGACCUUGCUCCAUCACGCCCUAUGACUCAGGGUUCUUGUUCACCUUUCGUGCCAGUCAACAACCCGCAACCGACCUGGAAACAAACAAAACCACGGCCCACAUUGCAAUCCGGAGACGUCUUGCGCGCUGCCGAGGACUAACGCUCAACCCAGGAAGAGCCCUCGCUCUCUUUAGGAUUCGCUAAGUCGUGCAUCUGGGAUCAUCAGAGGACCCCGCCAUCAGCCAAAAUGCCGAUGCUCAAAGAUCCUUCCAAAAAGUACAAGAGGUUUCCGCCUCUCAACCUCCCGGACCGCCAAUGGCCGAGCAAGACGAUCGACAAGGCCCCUCGGUGGCUGGCAACUGACCUCCGCGAUGGCAACCAAAGCUUGGUUGACCCCAUGAAUGGAGACCAGAAGUGGGAAUACUUUCACAUGUUGUGCGAGCUCGGCUAUAAAGAGAUUGAAGUCUCAUUCCCCUCAGCGUCGCAGACCGAUUACGACUUCACCAGACGCCUGAUCGAGACUCCGGGAGCGGUACCCGACGAUGUCUGGCUCCAGGUCCUGUCGCCCUGCAGAGAAGACCUCAUCAGGCGCACCGUGGAGUCUCUGAAGGGUGCAAAGAAGGCCAUAGUCCACAUCUACCUCGCCACUAGCGAAUGUUUCCGCCGGGUCGUCUUCGGCUUUACGGAGGAUGAGAGCGUCGAGCUGGCGAGCAGGUGCACCGCCCUGGUCCGAUCUCUGACCAAGGACGACCCCUCCCAGUCAGGCACGGAGUGGGCAUUCGAGUUCAGCCCGGAAACCUUCUCCGACACCAGCCCCGAGUUCGUUGUGCGGAUUUGCGAGGCGGUGAAGAAGGCAUGGGAGCCCACGACCGAGAACCCCAUCAUCUUCAACCUCCCGGCUACUGUCGAGAUGUCGACGCCGAACGUCUACGCCGACCAGAUCGAGUAUUUUUGCCGGAACAUCAGCGAGCGUGAGAAGAUUUGCGUUUCUCUCCACCCGCACAAUGACCGUGGUUGCGCCGUAGCUGCCGCUGAGCUCGCCCAGAUGGCUGGCGCCGACAGAGUUGAGGGCUGCCUCUUCGGCAACGGAGAGCGGACCGGCAACGUCGACCUCGUCACCCUCGCCUUGAACCUUUAUACGCAAGGCAUCUCGCCGAACAUUGACUUUUCGGACCUCAACAGGGUCAUCAGGGUAGUGGAACAAUGCAACAAGAUCGAAGUGCACCCGCGUGCGCCGUACGGCGGUUCCCUGGUGGUGUGUGCCUUCAGCGGCUCGCACCAGGACGCUAUCAAGAAGGGCUUCCAGUUACGUGAGAAGGAGGGCAAGCAGUACGAUGACUAUUGGCAGAUUCCCUACCUUCCUCUGGAUCCGAAGGACAUCGGCAGGGACUACCAGGCCGUCAUCCGAGUCAACUCGCAGAGCGGCAAGGGCGGCGCUGCCUGGAUCAUCCAGCAGCAUCUGCACCUCGACCUGCCGCGUGGCCUGCAAGUUUCCUUCGCCAAAGUGGUCCAGGAAAUGGCGGAGAGGAAGGGCCGGGAACUCCUCCCGACCGAGAUCACAGAGUUGUUCCAGCAUACGUACUCCCUCACCCAGAAUCCGCGCUUCACCAUGGUCGACUACACCAUCUCACCCGACCGCUCGUCUUCGCCAACACCUCCUGAACCGGGCAAGACCCAGGACACCACGAACCUCAGGAGAGUGUUUGAGGGCGUCAUUUCGAUUGAUGGCAAAGAAUACACUCUUCGUGGCCGCGGGACCGGCCCGAUUUCCAGCCUGGCCAAUGCCCUCCGGACGGUGGGUAUUGACCUCGACGUACAGGACUACAAGGAGCAUGCGGUCGGCAGGGGCCGUGAUGUCAAGGCUGCGACGUACAUUGAGUGCACUGCGGCCGGCGCGAAGGAGAAGGUUUGGGGCGUGGGCAUCCACGAGGAUGUGGUCCAGAGCUCCCUGCUUGCUCUGCUCAGCGCUGCUAGCAACUUCCCCCCUAGCAUACGGGGAAGCUCCGUUGUCUCGAAAGACACGGUCGAUGGUGCCAACGGGUCCGCGAAGGUCCCGGACAUCAUCAACGCCCUCGAAGAAAAGGCAGACGAGAUGUAGAUCUGAUUGUACCAUCCAUGCGUCCGAAGAUCUACCCCCAAAACUAUGCUGAGAUAUCUCGCAUUUGAGGAGAGAACUUGUCUAUGUGUCUGUCCGUUUUGUUAGGAGAGUCUUGCUUAGUAGGACCCCCCCCCCCAAAAAAAAGUCGGUAAUUGGCCAUUUCGGCCGGAACUUGCUUUUUUCUUCUCUUUUGCAAUUGCGUGGGAUGUGACAAGGAAACCAAAGACACACUCUGUUGGUUCCAGAUGCAAUUGACGGAAACGGGGCAAAAAAACCUGGAGCUGCGCUUUCACUGAGCUGAGCUGCUGUGCAACGUUCUCCACCUUGUACUGCGCGUCCACGGUUCGCAGCGGA